AUGAAUAAGCACCAUACACUUUCUCUAACUAAUAAGCAAAAUAGAACAGAUGAAGAUAAUCUUGAGAUUAAAGAAUCAGACGUAAAAGUCAAAACUAAAUGCCAUCCCUACCAUCCAAUCACUCAAUUCAAAGGAUUAUUGAUAGAUAGAAAGAUACUUAAGAAUAUGGAUGAUAAAGGAAUCCACUUACCUACUUUAGUCCAGAAGUACGUUAUUCCUCUAGCCUUAUCUCAAGAAGACUUACUUACUUGUGCUCCAACCGGUAUGGGUAAAACUCUAGCCUUUCUAGUUCCAACCGUUAAUUCCUUAUCUGCCGGUCGAUCUAGAAGAGGACAUGGACCGACUCGUCGGGCUAUUCGUGCACUUAUUCUAACUCCUACUCGUGAACUAGCUAUGCAAAUCUUCAAAGACUGUCAAAUGCUCUCUGAAGGUCUAGAUAUUGUUUCAGCUAUGGCUUAUGGUGGUCCAGAGAAUAGAAGGGAUCAAGUUUCUGCUUUAAGAAGAGGAGCAGAUGUACUAAUAGGUACUCCUGGUCGUUUACAGGACUUUCUUAAUGAUCAUGUUAUAGAUUUAAGUGCCGUUGAGAUUCUUGUUUUUGAUGAGGCAGAUAGGAUGUUAGAUAUGGGUUUUGAAAAGCAAAUUAGAAUGUUAUUGACUGGUCUUGGCCAUAUGUCUCGUCAGACUAUGAUGUUUUCAGCUACCUUCCCUGAGAGUGUGCAGCAAAUAGCCCAAGACUUCUUCCAAAGAGCCCAUUCAGAAGUACAUAUAGGCCAUGGUCCUUUAGAGAAUAUAACGCAAGAACUAAUCUAUACUGAAGGUCCUGAUUUGAAAUGUACUUUCCGUAAUGAUCGUUUAUUAGAACUCUUAGCUGGUUUAGGCCACCAAGUAGGUCCACGAGUUGUUCCCGUGGAGAUAGAAAGAGAAAAACCAGCUCGACUAACUUGGAAACGACCUAGUCCAGUAGUAGUGACUAAACCAGCUGCAGUAACAAGUACUCGACUUGAUUUACCCAAGGUAGUUAUCUUUGUAGAGAAGAAGAUGCAAUGCCGGGACUUAACUGAGUUUCUGCAUCGGAAAGGUAUUCCUUGUAUUAGUAUUCAUGGCGAUAAGCAGCAACAGGAAAGAGAAGCAGCUUUACAGAAGUUUAAGAGUGGGGAAAUACCUAUUUUAGUGGCCACUUCUAUUGUAGCCCGGGGUUUAGAUAUUCCCGGGAUAGAGUUAGUUGUUAAUUAUAUGUUGCCUAAUGACAUUAAGGAUUAUGUCCAUCGUAUUGGUCGAACGGGUCGAGCAGGGAAGAAGGGAAGAUCAGUGACUUUUAUUUCUCGUGAUGAUCAGGCCCAAGCUGGUGCUUUAGUGGAUAUUUUGAAGAAGGCUAAUCAGCCGGUGCCAGGGUUCUUAGCUGACUUAGUGGCGGCCCGUUCGCGACCCCGGGUGUCUAAUGGGUCCUUUAAACGGCGCGAGGAGAAGAGUGAGCCGCAAAACGUAAGAGAAACUCCACGGAUUCUUCCGGAAGCCUUAGAUAAACUAGAAGACAAUCUCUCCUGGGAGAAUGAAAUCUCCUAA